CGCUAAGCCGUGCAACACAAGUUUCCGUUCUUAUUCUACCCUUCACAACCCUUUUACAUUAGCACCUUCACUUCUCACUCUGCAUCGACAAUGGCUUCCUUCAACAUCCUCGCAGUAGUCUCUCUUUACCUUCUCUCUCUACUCCUCUUAUCGAAAUCCCGUCUUUCUCUCUCCCUAGUCUCCCCAGACAUCCAUGAUCUUCUUCCUCAAUAUGGCCUGCCUCGUGGCUUACUCCCAGACAACGUGGAAUCCUACACGCUACCAUCAUCUGAUGGGUCUUUCGAAGUCAAACUUAAGACCCCAUGUUAUGUUCAUUUUGAUGAUGUUGUGUACUAUGAUAAAGCAAUCAAAGGGAAGUUGAGUUAUGGUUCUGUGCAUGAUGUGUCAGGGAUUCAAGCAAAGAAACUUUUUAUUUGGUUGCCGGUUACUGGGAUUGAAGUUAGUAAGGCUGAUGAUGGUAUGAUUAGUUUCUUUGUUGGUCCGAUUUCCAAGGAGUUGCCUGCUAAGCAGUUUGAGGAUGUUCCUGCUUGUAAGAAGAAGGUUGGUGGGCUAAUGACAGAUUUGGAGUCCAUGUGAAGGUGGAAGCAGACCAAAUCUUCUCAUGCAUUGCUGCUCACUUUGAACAUUGAAGCUCUCCACCUUAAUCUAUAUCUUUGAGAAAUGGAAGCAAAUUUAUGCAAUUUGGAUUGUCCUGUACAUCGUUUAGUAAAUAAAUGCUGCUCUUCGAUAUUUUUGAUGCUGUGAAUGUUAUGUGCUUUCUGUUACAGUUUUAUUUUAUCCUCAGGGGCUCCCCUUAUGCUGAGCAA